CCAGAGUCUCACACUCUCAUACACAUCAUCGUUGAGAACGACACUGAGCAACACUAGCUUCCUGGGUAGCUCCUUCGCAAACCAUCAAACAGGAUGGAGAGCGUGACAAAGCUGUCGGCGGAGAAGGCGGUGGUGAUAUUCACGGCGAGCAACGACUGCCCGAUGAGCUACACGGUGACAAGCCUCUUCUCCGGCCUCGGCGUGUGCGCGGCGGUGCACGAGCUUGACAAGGAACCACGCGGCCGCGACAUGGAGCGCGACCUCGCCCGCCGUCUGGGACGCUCAUCGCCCAUCCCUGCCGUCUUCAUCGGCGGCAAGCUCGUCGGCUCCACCGACAGGAUCAUGUCGCUGCACCUCGGCGGCAAGCUCGUGCCCAUGCUGAAGGCCGCCGGAGCCAUAUGGCUCUGAGCAUGCCUGAGAGCAGCGUCGAGUUAUUUUCCGUCACUAAAUUUUGCACUUCGCAUGCAUGCUAGCUUUGCAUGUGCGCGCUAACAGAGGUUUGGUUUUGCACUAAGCCAAGUCCUCAGAUGAGUAGUACUACGUAUAUUCUCCGAUGAAGACGGGAGGACGGCAAGUUUUGGCCGCUAGUGAUCGGUACCGAAUCAUAAAUCUACGUAUUAGUAUACCUUUGAAUGAAAAGUGGACUUUGUUUCGCUGUCCA